GAUAUAAUUUUAAUGACUGCAGUUAAAACUGAAGAGUUUUAAAACCAAUAUUAAAAAAAUAAAACCAUGCAACAAUGAAGCGCCAAAACGUUCGUACGUUGUCUCUUGUAGUUUGUACAUUUACAUACUUGCUAAUUGGUGCAGCAGUUUUUGAUGCCCUAGAAUCAGACACAGAAAGUAAGAGAUGGGAGGUUUUAUCUGACAUGAAAAAUGGAUUGGUACGCAAAUAUAAUAUAACACCUGAGGACUACCAUAUGAUAGAAAUAGUCAUAAUAGAGAAUAAGCCGCACAAGGCUGGGCCACAGUGGAAGUUUGCUGGGGCAUUCUAUUUUGCCACUGUUGUGCUUGCCAUGAUUGGUUACGGUCACUCUACUCCAGUUACAGUGGGUGGCAAAGCCUUCUGUAUGGCUUAUGCUAUGGUCGGCAUCCCCCUUGGUCUAGUUAUGUUCCAGAGUAUAGGUGAAAGGUUGAACAAAUUUGCAUCUGUUGUAAUAAGACGAGCUAAGUGCUACUUAAGAUGCAAUACCACAGAAGCUACAGAGAUGAAUCUCAUGUUUGCUACUGGAAUGUUAUCUUCUAUUAUUAUAACUACAGGUGCAGCAGUAUUUUCAAGAUAUGAGGGUUGGAGUUACUUUGACAGUUUUUAUUAUUGCUUUGUAACACUGACCACUAUCGGCUUUGGUGAUUAUGUUGCAUUGCAGAAUGAUCAAGCUCUAACAAGCAAGCCAGGCUAUGUGGCUUUAAGUCUGGUUUUCAUUCUAUUUGGAUUGGCUGUCGUCGCUGCGAGUAUUAAUUUGCUGGUCUUAAGAUUUAUGACUAUGCAAGCAGAGGAAAGUGCUCGCGAUGAAGAUAAGGACGGCUCAAAGACGGUGCUGCCCAUUGAUGGUCACAUUAUAGCCAGUCGACAGCGAUCUCAUGAUGACCAGGCUUCGGUGUGUUCGUGCAACUGCCUCGGCAACAAGACGUGCGAGAGCGGCGCGCUGCUGCCGCCGACCGUGCGCUCGCACCGCUUGCUGCUCGAGCGCUCGCUCUCCACGGAGCUCAUCGAGCGGGCCUCUGUUUAGGCGGUUGCUAUGACGACCGGUGCGCGGUGACGCGUUACCAUGGUAACCGCUGUGCUUCCAUCCUGUGCGGGCUUCUGGUUAGGCGGUUGCUAUGGCAACCUCUGCGUGCGUCACGUGAUUGCGGUAACCUCGGUGCUUGGCUCCUAUUCGGGAACGGACGGGUUACUAUGGCAAUUAUUUCGUGCCAAAAAUAUAUUGAUCUCAAGAAUUAUUACUUGCUAAGUCAAAAAUUAAAAAAAUGCAUAAUAUUUUUAUGCAUGUGCAUGAAAACACUAUCAUACCCUGCACAUAAAUUAAAUAAGCAAUGUAAACCGUUGCUUAAGAAAAUAAGCAAGUCAAGGAUAUAUAAGUAUUACUAGUCAUUUAGAAAUAAGUGUAACUUUUAUAUCAACUUUGAUAUUUAAACGAGUAGUUGUGAUAUACGUGAACUUAGUCUUAGCAUUAAAUGUACCAUAACUUAUGAGUAUAUCAUGUCUUAUGUUACUGUAAAGUUAUAACUUUAACAGUAUAUGUUAAAAAUUGUACUUCCAUUAAAUGCCAAAUUUAUUAACCAAAGUAUACUCAACCUCUAUUGUUUAGUCAUUUUAAUGUUACAUUUUUUAAAAAAAAACAAUAAAUUUACUGUUAAGUAUUUUAAAGUUAAGGUGCAUAAAAAGUGAGGGUGAAUGCAUUUUUUUCAGUUAUUUAUUUUAUAACUCUCUGUUGCCAAAAAUGAAAAAUUGUUUUCAUUUAUCUUUGAGUCAUGUAUGUAUGGGUGAUGAAAAAUUAAUCGGAUCUCAUUGUGUCAAAUGCUCAAGAUAUCAGUAUUAUUGAUAAAUAAAUAUUUUAUGUACAAUUGUUUAAUCUUCUUAAUAUAUUUACUUAUGGUAGAUUGUAAUAUUAUUACACGGUUGCCAACAACCUAAGACUGGUACAAUUUGCCGUGAUGGCGUUAUUUAAAAACCUCCCGUUAUUUAAAGACAUAAUGUAUAUUUAGUUAAUUUUCUGUAAGAUGUAUGCUGCUGAAAUGCCCUAUCAUAAAAUUAUUGUUUUAAGAUUGGCAACUCAAAAUUUUUAUUUGUUGUUAACUCAAAUUUACUAUACUUUGUCAUAUAAUUUUGUUAUGUAAUAAAUG